AUGAGGUCAAUCACGUUCUACGAUGGGUGGACGAGCGAGACGGAGGAGGACAGUUCCCAGGAGGAGGACGGAGACCUGCGCGGUGGGCCGGCGAGGAAGCCCAAAGGUGGCAUCUCCCUGGGCUUCGAGCACCCCAAGAACCACUCGGGAAGGAGAUCGGCAUCUUCCGGCCACGAUGGGAGGAAACCCAACGCCAAGAGCCCCUCAGGGCUGCACAAGCACGCCUGCGGCACGUGCGGGAAGAACUUCAGCCGCGGGUCGUCCCUCACCCGGCACCGGAGGGUCCACCUCGGGGAGAAACCCUUCUCCUGCUGCAACUGCGGGAGGACCUUCGCCUGCAGCGCCACGCUCAAGGACCACCAGAAGACCCGCUGCCAGCGGAGACCCUACAAGUGCCCCAGCUGCGAGAAGCGCUUCGCUUCCACCAGUUCCCUCCGGAAACAUCGCAAGGUCCACCUGGAGAACGGCGCCCACCGGUGCUCCGACUGCGGGAAGACCCUGACCUCCAACUCGGCUCUGGUCACCCACCGGCGCAUCCACACCGGGGAGAGGCCCUACCAGUGCCCCGACUGCGGGAAGAGCUUCAUGGCCAACAAGUCCCUCAACAAGCACCGCAAGAGCCACGCGGAAGGCGCGGUCUUCGUCUGCCCGGACUGCGGGAAGACCCUCACCUCCAAGGCCGCCCUCAUCAUCCACCAGCGCAUCCACACCGGGGAGAGGCCCUACCAGUGCCCCGACUGCGAGAAGAGCUUCAUCGCCAACAAGUCCCUCAGCAAGCACCGCAAGACUCAUAUGGAGGAGGGGACCUACAAGUGUCCCGAGUGCGGGGAGGUCUUCCUGAAGAACUCGGACUUUGUCGCCCACCUCAGGACCCACCGUGGUCAGCCCCCGUACCCCUGCUCCGACUGCGGGGAAACCUUCUUCAGAAGUUCCUCGUUUAGGCGACACCGGAAGAAGCACUUGGUGGAGAAGCCCCACCAGUGCUCCGACUGCGGGCUGGGCUUCACCGGCCACUCCGCCCUCCUCCUCCACCAGAAGACCCACGUAGGACCCAGGCCCUACGUCUGCUCCGACUGCGGGAAAGCUUUCCGGGAGAACACCACGCUCCGUAGACACCAGCGGAUCCACACGGGUGAGAAGCCCUACAGCUGCUCGUACUGCGAGAAGAGCUUCCGGGCCAGCUCCACCCUCAUCAUCCACCGCCGGAUCCACACCGGGGAGAAGCCCUACCAGUGCACCAAGUGCCCCAAGUGCUUCAUGUCCAGCUCCUCCCUCAUGAAGCACCUGCGGACGCAUCUCCGCAAGGAGCUGCGGGGGGGUCCCAAGCCGUGA